AUGCGUUUUGAGCUAAUCAAACUCGCCAAGAUGAUUCAAUGGCUUUGGAGUUCAAUUCAAUCCAUUAGUCUUUGGAAGUUUAUUUUAGCAAUCUUUCUUGUGGUCAAUUUCAAAAAUUUGCCACUAGUGUUCCACUAUCGCAUCUUUCGCCCCAUCAUUCAGAGCUCCUUAACAAAGAAAAGAAGCCAUCACGUCUCGAUUCAUCACAAAGACAAAGACUUGCCGUUGGUCUUUCUUCCAUGUGUAACGACAACAUACACCCCACUCCUUGAGGCAGACUACAACCUCCACAAGUCGAAUAGUACAUAUUUUACGGAUGUUGAUGCAAGCCGCUCUCAUCUUCUAUCAUACCUUUGCUAUCGCGGAGUUUCUGUUGUCGAUCAAGAGCUCGUUGCGGAUGGCAGGCGGGGGAUAAUGGCUGCCAUAAUCGGAUCUGUUACCACAAGCUUCAAGAAGGAAAUUCGAAUCUUCCAGCAGUACGAAGUAUGGUCUCGGAUCCUUACAUGGGACCGAAAGUGGCUCUAUAUUGUGACACAUUUUGUCCAGAAAGGAAGCGUCAAAGAAACCGAUCUGAUCACCCACAACUUGUCUACCGGAAAGACUUCUGGAAGGUGCACCAGGGCUGGGAGCGGGAAUAGCGGGGACAAAUUGGGGCGCCCUGUUGUAUUUGCAUCUUCCGUCUCGAAGUACGUCUUCAAGAAGGGUAGGUUGACCGUGGCGCCGGAACGACUUCUGAGAGCUUCAGGUCUACUAGGCGAAAAUAAAAAGACGACAGACUUUCCCGCCCAACAUCAGGACCCUCGACCGAGAAGCACCGAAUCAAUGAGUAAGAUAAAGAAGGAUUUGGGCAAUUCCGAGAUCUGUGAGGUCAUCGAGAAAGAAAGGCUCAGGGGAAUGAAAUAUGCAAACGCGUGGGCUGAAUUAGACUCCCUACACGAGGAGCUGCUCGGAGAACGCGAGACAUGUGACUGUGUACCCACUAUUGGCCACUUUGAUGACAUUGCAGGUCACGGCAUCUCUUACCGCUAG